AUGAUGCCGCCAAGUGUUUCAUGUCGAGCCUGCAGCUCCGCCUGCAGUAGCCUACAAGCCAUCGCUCGAGAUUGCGUCUACUCAGUUUCCGCCAAUCCCAACACAUACAGUCCCUCAGUUUCUAGGACUGCGAAUGUUCGUUUCUCUUUUCAAACAGUGAGAAUCAGACCAAACACUCGUAUCAGUCCAAACUUGACUCGCCAAUCCUCACGCCGAGCCUUCCACUCAACACCGACAUUUUCCUUCGAAAGACCCUCUCCCUCCAAAAUCUCAUACCGCGUCGCCGCCUCCUCCUCCGGCAAAGGUCGCCGCUUCCAUCCCAUCAAAAAUGCAUACAACUUCGACCCCGAGGUCGACGCUCUCGGCGUCUCAAAGGACAAGAACCCAAUCAGUAGGCGGCGCAACCGCCCAGACAGCGGCGAAGACGCCUUCUUCGUGAGCCGUAUCGGAAACCGCAUCUCAGACCACCAAGACAACAACGCCGAAGCCGUCGCCUUCGGCGUCGCUGACGGAGUCGGUGGUUGGACGGAAUCCCGCGUCGAUCCGGCCGACUUCUCACACGGCUUGUGUGGAUAUAUGGCACAGACCGCACAGACAUGGCAUGAGCCCGCGGAGCACUUGCGUCCCAAACAACUUUUGCAGGCCGGGUACGAUCACGUUGUGGCCGACUCUACAAUUCGCGCAGGUGGUAGCACGGCAUCUGUCGGUGUCGCGUUGCCAGAUGGCCGUGUGGAACUGGCGAACUUGGGUGAUUCUGGUACUGUACUGGUUCGCCGGGCGGCAGUGCAUCAUUACUCGGUUCCGCAAACGCAUGGAUUCAACACGCCCUACCAGCUCAGCGUGAUUCCGCCACGCAUGCGAGCGCAGGCGUCUGUCUUUGGUGGGGCGUUUUUGGAGGAUUUCCCCCGCGAUGCGUCGGUUACGAACGUGCAAAUGCAGCAUGGUGAUGUGCUCAUCGUGGCUACCGAUGGUGUCUUCGAUAAUAUCAACAAUCAGGAUAUCCUCAAGCUCAUCACGAGCCGCAUGAUCAUGACUGGGGCUUGGACGGCUACGGAUUCUGGCGUUAUGGUCUCGAAGAACUUGCGUGCUUUGACUGCACCCGGUGGACUUGUCGGUGCUCUUCCCACUUCUUCGGGUGCGCCGCUGCCUCAGAGAGAUUCGACUGAUUCCGAGCCGAAGCCUGAGGAUCAGGUCACUUUGCAGUCUGUUCUCGCUGCGACUGUGGCUGGCGAGGCAAAAAUGGCCAGUGUUGAUUACCGCCGCGAUGGCCCAUUUGCUAAAGAGGCUCAGCGCUACUACCCCGGUGACUAUUACCGCGGCGGCAAAGUGGAUGACAUUUGCGUUGUGGUUGUCAUCGCAAUUGAUGAUGGCAUUGCGGCCGAUCAGGUCUGA